GAAGCACCAAGGACGUCCUUUUUCCAGCCCCGGGAGCCGGAGAUGCAAGGGACGAGCAGUUAGAUUAGCCUGUGCUGCUGUUGCCUGCUGCAGGAUAACUUCGUUCCGGAGCGUGCUGCAGCUGAAGCUCUGCUCUCUGAUCCUGUUUGGUGUGAGUGAGAGGAGGAUUUCAGCCAGUCAGCCGGACGGAGAUCUGGCUAAAAAGGACUUCUACUUUUCCAUCACAAUUGAAUGUAACAUCGCUCAGAUAAGGAAGGCAGGGAAUUAAAAGCCAUCAUCAUGAAUUUCGUUAUGAAGCAAGCGUUGGGAGGGGCCACCAAAGACAUGGGCAAGAUGCUUGGUGGAGAGGAGGAGAAGGACCCUGAUGCUCAGAAAAAAGAGGAAGAAAGACAAGAGGCGCUGAGACAACAAGAGGAGGAGAGGAAGGCCAAAUAUGCAAAAAUGGAGGCAGAGAGAGAAAACAUCCGACAGGGCAUCAGGGAUAAGUACGGCAUCAAGAAGAAGGAGGAGAAGGAAGCCGAGGCAGCGGCUGCUAUGGAGCAGGCCUCCGAGGGCAGCCUCACCCGUCCAAAAAAGGCCGUUCCAGUCGGCUGCGGCGACGAGGAGGAAGAAGAGAGCAUCGUGGAUACGGUUAUGAAAUUCAUCCCGGCUCCGCUCAUGGAUAUGUUCAAUAAAAAGUAACAGUGUUUUGGGUGAAAUUUGGUUAACUUCUUACAACGUUCAUCUAACCAAGACUAAAAACCGUACCACCCUGCCCCGCCCCAACCUGCGGUCUCACCUUUCUUCACCCCUUCACCCUCCCACCCCUUCAACUCAACUUCUAAGUGUCCUGGAGUUAACGUGCCAUGAUUUUAUCCUUGAUUUAAAAUAUCUGAUCUCUGACGGUGCUACUUACUUUUUAAAAAUCUCGUACGUCUUUCUUGAUAAUCCUUGAUAUUAAAAAGUACGUAACACCUGCACAGAUCCAGUAUCUUUUACUUCAAGGCAAAUUUGAUGCCAUGUUUUUAAUAUGUCCAGCACAAUAAGACCAGAUAUCACGCAUCAUCCACCCUUUUUGUUUGUAAAUAGCCUCGGGUUAUACAAAAAGAGAACUAUAUAUGAGUGAAAUAUGACAUAUAACAAGAUGACUAAGAGUAUAAGCCAUAUUUUUAACUUUUAAGAAAUUAUCCAAAUCAUAUCAAAAUUUGAUUGAAUUUUCCUGUUAUGUUCUUGCUAAUAUUUGAUACAUACAGUGUAUAUAAAUACUUAAGUUUUUAUUGGUUCUCCGUUGUGAGGAUUCACCCCAUAAACUGUCCCUCAUGUUCUCAUUGGUUUACUGUCAAUAUGUAAUAUGAGCACUGGUGAAGUCAAAAACAGCACUUGUAAAACCAGAAAAGUGAAGGAGAUAAUUUGAUAUGAGACAUUUUUUUGAUUAUUUUUGUUCUUUUAUGCAUGCAGUAAACUUUUGUGAAGUGAAGUACACAUAUGGAUACCAUUUCAUUUGUUAUGAUGAAGCAAAAUACAUUGAUAUUUGAGGCAAUAACUGGUUUUCCAUUUUUAUUUAAAUCGACAUCUUUGUCCGCCAGGCGACGAUUGACUUUGUGUCUAAAAUGUUCUUCCAUGGGGAAAACCAUAUAUGUGCUCCAUACAUGAAAUUUGUCUCAAAGCAAAUUCGUAUUAUAAAUUUUCUUGCUAUACAUGUUUGUGGUUUAAAAAUUCAGUUGUAAUGUCCUGUGGCAGGUGUCUCUCGCUCUGCUUUUGCAAUAGGACGUGUAAAGUUUAGACCAGGCUAGUUAAUUUUAAUUUGUGUUGACAUUUCCACCAAUUUUUUGUAAAAAAAAAAAGAAAAAAAGAAGAAAGAAACUUCACAAACACAAUUAUGUUGUGAACACACUAUAUGUGAACAGACAGUGACAAUAGUGCAAUAUAUUGUUCGAAAUGAAGUUGUCCUGUAUCCGUUGGUUUAACUGAUGUGAAGUCCCAAAUCAGCAAUAACAGACAAUCUUCAUUGUUGUGUGUUUAAACUUACUCCUUAAUGUGUUAGUCGAUGUUUAAGACACAGAGGUGUCUGCAUAGUGACAGUGAAGCCUUUGUAGGUCAGACAUAUUUGAUUAAACAAGAGAAAAGGGGGGGAAGGUGGGACGAUUUGUUUUUGUGUCAUAAAAAAACGUCCAGUCACACGUUACAGAAUGAUGAAUACAACCAGGAUUUCUGUUCAAAAAUCACAAACCGAGAUGUAAAUCAGUCAGCUGGUGUUCAAAGACAGACAACACAUGCAGAGAAAUGUACUGAAAUAAUGAGGGACUUUUUUUAAAAAAAGC